UGAUAGGGCGGAGAGACAUGUAUUUUGUUUAUGUAGUCCUUAUUUAACUAGGCAAAUCAGUUAAUAAGAACUAAUUAUUAUUUACAAUGACGGCCUACCCCGGUAAAACCCGGACGACGCUUGGCCAAUUGUGCGCCGCCCUUUGUCUCUUGUCAGUUUAUCCAUAAUCACAGCCACAAAGUAAUACUUGAUCUUCUUAAGAUCCGAUUUGAAACCAAACCACACUGAUAACCGUAUGCCUAACUUUAAAUUAUUUGUUGUUUUCAUUCAUUGUAACGAAAUAGGCCAAUUUUGACUUUGUGGCUGUGGUAACAAGUCGAUACCACGAAUCGGUGUAUGUGAACGUGAGUAGAUUAACUUGAAAACAACGGUCGGACAUCUUGGACGCAAUUCCAGUGAUGCUUUAGUUAUUAUUAUUAUAGCUAGGCAAACAGUUUUUAUCAUGACGUCAAUUUAAUAACCCGGAAGAAGUUCCUCACGGGGUCAGAUCCAUUUUCGAAGCUAAAUGGUGAAUUCUUGAAACACAUAUUUUGAUAAUUCAGUGGUAUGUGAAUGAUCGCUAAAAAGUCGUCAUGUUGGUGUUUCGUUAAACGUCAUAAUUUAUCCCUCUCUUUAACCAGACAUUUGGCUUGUUAACUUAGAUACUCACGUAAGUAGCUGCUGGCUAGGUUAGCUGCAACUUGCUAGCUGUCAGACAGUCUUUGUUUUGGUUUGGUUUGGUUUUUCGUAGAGAAGAAUCGUCAUUCUUUCAUAACACAUGAGUGUAUCACUGGUCGUUAUCCGUCUGGAGCUCGCAGACCAGUCUCUCUCUCCACGGAAUUUCCAAUACACCGCCGCUGAGGAUAUGUCAGAGGAGGAUUUGCAGGAGAAAGCUCUGGGCUCAGCCAGGCUUUCUCUGAGUGGGAAGACAGAACUGGAGAGAGCAGCAGUCCUACACCAGCACAUCGGCAGCAGAGCCAUGGGAGACAUGGUCAUCGAGACCAUCGCACCCAACCCUGAUAAAGGAAAGGUUGAGCAGACUGGGGCAGAGGGAGAGGAGGGUGGAGGAGCCCGCCCUCUAGAGAAUCAACCAGACGAGAGGGACCCUAAUGAGGGCACUACAGAGGACAGUGCCGAUGGCACAGAGACGGCUCCAGACUCGCCCUCCAAGCAUCUUCCAGACCAGAUCUCCUUCUUCAGUGGAAACCCCUCAGUGGAGAUAGUCCACGGCAUCAUGCACCUCUACAAGACCAACAAGAUGACGUCCCUGACGGAGGACGUGCGUCGCAGUGCCAUGCUGUGUAUCCUGACCGUCCCCUCCACCAUGACCAGCCACGACCUCAUGAAGUUUGUGGCACCAUUUUAUGACGUCAUGGAGCACAUGAAGAUCAUACGAGACCCCACCCCUAACCAGUACAUGGUGCUGAUUAAGUUCAGUAGCCAGGCUGACGCAGAUAGUUUCUACACAGCGUGUAAUGGCCGUACGUUCAACUCCAUAGAGGACGCAGUCUGCCAGCUGGUCUAUGUGGAGAGAGCUGAGGUCAUCAAGUCUGAGCAGGGCGCCAGUCUUCCAGUGAUGGAGCUGACAGAGCUUCCUAAGUGUACCGUGUGUCUGGAGAGGAUGGACGAGUCAGUGAACGGGGUUCUCACCACACUCUGUAACCACAGCUUCCACAGCCUGUGUCUGCAACGCUGGGAGGACGCCUCGUGUCCUGUGUGUCGGUACUGCCAGACCCCAGAGCCUGUAGAGGAGAACAAGUGCUUUGAAUGUGGCGUACAGGAAAACCUGUGGAUCUGCCUGAUCUGUGGUCAUAUUGGCUGUGGUCGCUACGUCAGUCGUCAUGCCUACAAACACUUUGAAGAGACGCAACACACGUACGCCAUGCAGCUCACUAACCACCGUGUCUGGGACUAUGCUGGAGAUAACUACGUUCACAGGCUGGUGGCCAGUAAGACUGAUGGGAAGAUGGUUCAGUACGGGUGUGAAGGAGAAACCUGCCAUGAGGAGAAGAUAGAUGCUCUGCAAUUAGAGUAUUCUUACCUGCUAACGAGUCAACUGGAGUCCCAGCGCAUUUACUGGGAGAAUAAGAUAGUUCACCUGGAGAAGGACACAGCGGAGGAGAUCAACAACAUGAAGGCCAAGUUUAAGGAGACCAUAGAUCGCUGUGAUAACCUGGAGCGUCGGCUGGGAGAGCUGGCCAAGGACAAGCAGAGCAUGGACAAGAAGUGUGGUCAGCUGUCGACCCGUGUGACAAAGCUUGGUCAUGAGCUGAAGGAGGAACAGGAAAUGAACCGCUGUCUGAGAGCCAAUCAGGUUCAACUACAGGCCCAGCUGGCCGAGGAGGAACGCAAGGCGAGAGAGACGGGCGAGCGUAAGGACGGGGUGAUAGCCGAGCUCCAGGAGCAGCUGAGAGAUGUAAUGUUUUACCUGGAGACUCAGCAGCAGAUAGAAGGUCUUCCUCCAGAGACCAGGACUGAGAUUCAGGAAGGAAGCAUCAACAUCGGCGCAGCAGCCACUCCCGCCCCAGGACCCUCCGCCAUAGGCAGAGGCCGCAGGGGGCGGUCCAAAAGGGGGAAGUAGAGAGGACACAACUAAGAAGUGGAGAGAGGAAGGGAUGCCGGAAGUGACCCACAAAAAUGACAUUAUUGAAGUGUGUGAGAGUGCGUGCGUUUUUGUGCCUUUGUGUGUGCCUGUGUUUGUGCUUUGCAAAAGGACCCUGGCUCCUUAGACACUAUUUGUAGAUGAAGAGGUCAGACGUUAGGUGUAUAUCUCUGCUUUAAGGCGCCCACUUUGCUGAAUUAAAAAAAUGAUUGAUUUGAAAGAGGUGUGCUCUUCUUCCUCGUUACAUAAUUUUUUGGGGUUGACCUGCUUGUUUACGUCCUUAAAGGAGGAAAGAUUCAUGGGAAUAAGGAAGUGAGUAAACCGGACAGUAAUGAUAGAAAGAGAAAGAAAAUACCUCUCAUGUUUGAAUAUGCAGGCUUUUCCAAAUUUAAAAUCAGUCCAUUUUUGUAUGUACAGGUAUGUGUGUUACUACAGUUUACAUGAGUUGUUUAGAAGGUGUUCUGGAUCAGUGGGAAGUUCACUACCAGCUGGUUCUCUGCACUUUUGUCAUUUGUUUUGUCCAACAUCUGAUUCAUCUGAUCUCAUGAAAUGUCAUGACUCAGUCCUAUCGUGAGAAUGGGGUUUCUGCUGGGGUUUUUUUUCUUCAUUUUGAUCAUUUUAACGUGUCAGAACUGAAGAUCCGAGAUUUAAGUCAAGUGUUGAACUGUUUAAUUUCUCAAUUUACGAAUGACCUGUGUCAGACCUAUAGACUUGGCACAGGAUUAUGUGGCUGAUGCUUUGGCAUUCCUACACAACUGAGAUGUGCAUCUGUACAAUCUAGAAUAUAUAAUACCAGGGUUUGACAUCAAGGGUUGCCCUAUUUCCUUGGGCAAGAGACUUUAGCAGUCACGCAAGUUGAGCCUGCACUGAGGUUUCCCCAUUGGGCAGGUGAAUUUGUUUUGUUUGUUGAUGUUGUGUGAACAUAACCAAACUGCAAAUAAUUCCAGUAGCCUAAAACGGAUCUUUAUGGUUCCUCCCGAUUGUUUAAGUGAAAGACAGACAAUUUAUCGUAUUUAUAAUCAGGCAAGUUUAGCCAGCCUUGUAUUUUUUUGAAAAUACAAAAAAUUCCAGUACUGAUCUUUGAUUCCUCCCCUAUGUGUAGGGGAAAUGGCACUUCUGCAUGUAAAUAGCAAAUAAAAACAUUUGGGGCAAGUAAUAAGAAUCUUCGAACAAGUGCCUAGCAGAUAUAUGUAAAUCCCUGUAAUGCAGUACAAUACUCUACAAAUACAGUCUACAUCAGUUUCACUCCUGUUUCCAUGCACCUACCUAUGUAUGUGAUCACCAUAUUCUUCACUAAUAACCCACCUCGUUCAAGCAUGAAAAAGCACUCUAUUGCCUCUACUGACCAUUAUGAGCUGUUUGUGUUCCUUGUUUACGUUCCUGUUUGUUUGUGUUGCAUUGCUAAAAGCCUUCCAGUAUGUUCUGUUCAGGCACAGCUUUCCACUAGUUUAGCAUCAACAUUGUUAAGAGCAUGGUGUCCAGGUCAACAUAGACAUUCAAACGGUACACAGCUGCAUACCACCUUUUAUUUUAGCAGUUUAAGUUUUCACUGUUUUGUAUUCAUGUUGUUAAAGCGCUCAAUAAAUGAUCUUACUAUUUGUA